GCAAACUUCAUGGCCUAUUUUGGCCUUAAUCUCAACGUCCAGCCUCUGGGGAAUAAUGCUUUCCUGUUGCAGACUCUCUUUGGUGCAGUCAUCCUCUUGGCCAAUUGUGUUGCACCUUGGGCACUGAAAUACAUGAACCGUCGAGCAAGCCAGAUGCUUCUCAUGUUCCUCCUGGCAAUCUGCCUUCUGGACAUCAUACUUGUGCCACAGGAAAUGCAGAUGCUGCGUGAGGUUUUGGCAACGCUGGGUUUAGGAGCGUCUUCCCUUGCCAAUACCCUUGCUUUUGCCCAUGGAAAUGAAGUAAUUCCCACCGUAAUCAGGACAAGAGCUAUGGGAAUCAAUGCAACCUUUGCUAAUAUUGCAGGAGCCCUGGCUCCCCUCAUGAUCAUCGUAAGUGUAUAUUCUCCACCCCUGCCCUGGAUCAUCUAUGGAGUCUUCCCCUUCAUCUCUGGCUUUGCUUUCCUCCUCCUUCCUGAAACCAGGAACAAGCCUCUGUUUGACACCAUCCAGGAUGAGAAAAAUGAGAGAAAAGACUCCAUUGAACCAAAGCAGGAGGGUCCCAGCAUGGAAGUAACACAGUUUUAAGGAAUUCCGGGAGCUGACUGCUGAUCAAUGAGCCAAAUGAAGGGAACAAUCAGGACUGUUCCUAGACACUAGCAAAAUCUAGAAAAUAAAUAACAGGGCGGUGGCUCACGCCUGUAAUCCCAGCACUUUGGGAGGCUGAGGCGGGCGGAUCACAAGGUCAGGAGAUCGAGACCACCCUGGCCAACAUGGUGAAACCCUGUCUCUACUAAAAAAAAAAAUACAAAACUUAGCUGGGCGUAGUGGCACAUGCCUUUAAUUCCAGCUACUUGGGAGACUGAGGCAGGAGAAUCACUUGAACCCGGGAGGCAGAAAUUGCAAUGAGCCAAGAUCGGGCCACUGCACUCCAGCCUGGUGACAGAGCGAGAUGCUGUCUCAAAAAAAAAGAAAGAAAGAAAGAAAGAAAUUAAAAUAAA